CUCCGGCUCCUGCCUGGGGCGGGCGCCCCGCGACCCCGAGCCCUGAAGCCCGACGGCCGUCGGAGCACCCUCCUCGUCAGCUGGCGCCCACCCUGCUGGUUGGCAUGGCUGCUGGGAAGGGCAUCCCACGGAGCGCUUCGGCUGACGACAGGUGGCGGCUGAGUGAAGCUGAGCCGGGCAGGGGCAGCAAGCCAGUGUUGCUGGAGAAAACCAACCACCUGCACCCUGAGGCCGCCGCGGGCAAUGGGGGGCAGGACGAGGCCCGUGCUGACCUGCUGCUGCCAGCAACCCCGGGCAAACUCGGACUGGGGGGACCCAUGGCCCGGGUGUGCUGCGAACAGGGGCCGAGCGCCUUCACGGAGGUGCCUCGGCUCAAGAAGAGGCCGGAGGGUGUGCAGGCCCAGGAAAGGGGGCAUGCGAACCCCACAGGCCAUGGUCCCCGGCAGCUGCCCCGGGACCUCCCCAGGAGUCCAGCUGGCAGCAAGGGCUCCGUGUGGCCUCGCGGAGCCCCAGGGGAGCAGAGGAGCGCCUUCCGCACCCCAGCCAGGUGUCCGGCAGGGGGCCCUUCACCAGCCUCUGUCUUCCAGGCCGGCGGGCCCACGGGUGCCCUCGGGGAGCUGCUGGGACUCAUCAACACGAUGGACGUCCCCAGUUGGGGUCAACUUUUGAAUCCUAAGCUUCUGGUGGGUGAUUUCUGGGGCCUGCAAACAUUGCCACAGAAUGCUCCGGUGUGCAGUGCUUUCCUGGGUGCCCCCACGCUGUGGCUAAAGCGAGCCCAGGCCCGGACACCCGCGGCCUCCUUGUCCUCUUCUGCGGCCUCCCGGGCCCUGCUGCCGCCCACGUUCACCUCCCUGGGCCUGUCCACCCAGAACUGGUGUGUGAAGUGCAACCUGUCCUUUCAUCUGACCUCCGACCUGGUCUUCCACAUGCGGUCCCACCACAAAAAGGAGCGUGCAAGCCCCAACCCCAGUUCUAAGAAGCUGAGAGAAGAGGCCCUCACGUGUCCCAUUUGCCAUGAAUACUUCCGGGAGCGCCACCAUCUCUCUCGGCACAUGACCUCUCACAGUUAGCCGUUGGCCAAGGAGCAAAGCCGCGGGCGCACUGACGCAGAGCUGGCUCGCCGGUGCUGCCUCUGAGGGGGUGGCCAGAGUGGUCACCGCUGGGGGUCAAG